AUGCAGCAUGAGCGCCAGCAUGUGCCUGUGACGGCGUUGGCCUUGGUCGGGGAUGACUGGAUUUUCUCCGGACAAGGCCCGUAUCUUUACAUCUAUGGAUCAGAUGGCACAACACACCGGAAGAUUCGAGUGUUCGAAGGCCAAGCCAUUCAUGGAAUCGCCCUGAGUGCAGACGACCUCGCUUCGGCCGCCUUGAUAUGGGGCGGUUCUCUCUCGCGCUCGCUAUCCAUCGACAUCCAAGAUGGAAGAAUCGAAGCCUCCCUCGGACCCGUCCAAAAUGUACAGGACUGGAUUCUCGACGCGGCCUUUGCCCCGUCUUCCCACUCCUUAAUCGGCCUCGUCACGGCGCAUAAUGCCCUCGCGACCAUCUCAAUCACCCGACCUGCCCAUGCCAAAUCACCUACGCCCCGGCCGAGUCUCCAACAGCGCGUACCCGGCUCGAAUUGCAUCCUCUACUCCGCACACAUCUUAUGGCUAAGUCCAUCUCACUGUCUCGUUGCGUCAGGUACUGCCUUUGGCGACAUCAUUGUUUGGUCAGCGUAUCUCGAGCAUGACUCUGAAGUUCCAUUGCGCUCCCACACUCAUUUCACUUUCGCCGCUCAUGAAGGGUCGGUGUUUGGCGUUCGCCUAUCCUCCCAGCUUAAAAUCCCCGGAUUUGGAUGUGAAAGAGUUCUGGCCAGCUGUAGCGAUGAUCGUACCGUCCGAAUCUGGGAUGUCUCGAGUCUGCCCAUGGAGUCCAGCGCGGCUGGCGAAACCCCUCGAGAUACGGGCUUUGGCGCGAAGAUUUCUGAAGACGCACUCGCUCCGCGGUGCCUGGCCAAAGCCAUGGGUCACAUCUCCAGGAUCUGGCAUGUUCGAUACGCAGCUGGGAAGCAUCGUGACGAGACCAUGCGCAUCCUAUCGUUUGGAGAGGAUGCUUCCGUCAUUGUUUGGGCGCUGCAAGCACGGGAGCAGCUGUGCAGCCUCAAUCAGUUGCGUUCAAUCAAGGCGCACUCUGGAAAGAAUAUAUGGGCCGUUGCAGUGCACGACAGUCGCGGCUUGCUUGCUACCGGUGCCGCGGAUGGAGCGAUUGCACUGUACGAAUCACCCGGCAAAAGUCUCGACAUUCAUGAAAUUGCACCACCACUCUCGCUCGAAAGCAAAGGCAGUGACGCAUACCGCACAUAUGGAUUCGUGGGUCCCAGCACCGUUCUAGCUACUACAGAUCGUGGCGGCGUGGUGCAAUUCCACCUGUCCGGUGAUCAACCGUUGCAUCCCAUUGAGAUCUCAUCGCCUCUCGCAAGUCUCCGAGGCUACUCAAUCAUGUCGAAUGUGUCCGCUUUUGGGUUCAUUGGCGGAAGUGACGGCGCCAUACAUGCAUUCGAUCGUGGGACUGCUCAACUUGUAGGACUUGCGCAGGUCGGCAGCAAGGUGGCAGGAUUGUUUGCGUGUCGCCCCAGGUCAGACUUGCUGAACCUCCUCGCAACUACAGUCAACGCAACCGAGGCUCGAAUAUUACGUCUGGACGGUCCAGAUCCGUUUCGCUCGCCAUCAAGGACGACAAUGUUGCAGCUGCCAGAAAGCUUCGUCGUCACCAGUUUCGCGUACUACGAAGACGAGUCGUUACGCUAUGCAGUCCUCGGCUCCCGAGGUGGCGCAAUCGCAGUCUACUGUCCUUCUGUCGAUGGGUCGAACCAGCUAGACUGUUCUAUAACGAUCAGUGAAGCACACAAUGCUGAAUCCGUUACAAGCCUGCGGCUAGUCCAACAGAAACGCACUCCAGGACAUGCCGCAAGACACUUCCUCUUCUCCACAGGCCGAGACGGCACCUUCGCCGUGCGUGAGCUCCGCCACUCCAACGCCGCAGUGGAAGUCAUCACCCUCCACCAACUAGCCCUCCCCUUCGGGCCCAACAUCGAAGGCCUCAAAAUGCACGCCGACGACAGCAGAGUGUGGACCUGGGGUUUCCAGAGCAAACACUUCGUCGUCUACGACGUGAUGGCGCAGCGCGAGAUUAUGCGCGUCGAGUGCGGCGGCGCACAUCGGCAGUGGGCGUUUGAACCGGAUUUCGACGCCAAUGGAGGGCGGUUCGUCUGGACGAAGGCGGGGAGGCUGUUCCACGCCCAGCAGGCUGCACUGCCUUUUCGUCUUUUGAACGAGGGGGGCCAUGGGAGGGAGAUCAAGGCUGUUGCUGUCUCCUCGGCCUCUGCUGAGAUAGGAUCCGUCAUCGCUACUGGAGCAGAAGACACGGACAUUAAGCUCUUCCGGUAUGAGAAGAGCGGUGGUUUUCACUGUCUGCAGACGUUGCGGAAGCACAAUACUGGUGUUCAGCACCUAGCCUGGCAUGGAAACUACCUGCUCUCCAGCGGAGGAUUCGAGGAGUUUUUCGUGUGGAGGGUGAGUGCAGGUGUGCCCUAUCUAGGCAUCGGAGUUGCCUGCGAGUCUGCACAUCCGCGCAGUGGAGCUUCCGAUUUGCGGAUCAUGGGGUUCUGCGUGGACGAGGAUACACGUGAUGGAAAUCGUGGACUGCGGAUUACGAUGGCGUACUCGGACUCCACGCUGAAAGUCUGGGCAUAUGAAUCUGAGCAACGGACGUGGACGCUGAUAUCGGCCGGUGACUACUUGACCUCGUGUCUGACGCAAGUAAUGGCGACGACUGACCAUCGUUUCAUCACCGCUGCCACGGAUGGAUACCUAACAACUUGGAGGCAUCAGCAGCAACAGCAGCAAAGUCUAGACUGGCUCAGCAGACACAAUGUCCACCAAAGCGCCAUCCACACCAUCGCGCAUCUAGAACUCGCGGACGGAACGUCGUUGUUCGUGACCGGCGGCGACGAUAAUGCAAUUGCUAUCACAAGAUGCACUCCGGGCGAGAGCAGCGACGACACGGGUAUGGCUACUUUAUUGAUUCCCCGCGCUCACGCGGCCGCUGUGACGGGGGUUGCGAUCAUUUCCAUACGCCCCAAUGGAGGAGAAUGCCAACAAGUGCAACUGGUAUCAGCGGGCAUCGACCAGCGCAUCAAAGUGUGGGAGGUGGAAGUCGACGCGGUUGGAGCAAUGCGAGUGAAGAAAGUUGCCGAUGUCUUUACUGCCGUGGCGGAUGUGUCUGGCUUGGAGGUCUGGAGGGGUGAAGAAGAUGGAGUCAGCGGAGUGCUGGUUUCUGGGGUUGGGAUAGAUCUGUGGAGGAUGCCGUCGGCGAGCGCGUAA